AUGGAUCGCCCCGGUUACAUCGAGACCCCUGGUCGUCGCUCCACGCGCAAGAGCUCUGCGGCCUUCGAUGAGGGCCUCGAGAACGGAUCUCCUGCUCCCCGAUCCCGGUCCAAGUCUGCCACUCGCCGUCGCACUUCCACCAAGGUCAAGACUGAGGAUUCUGAGGAGGACGAGGAGAAAAUUCCCGCUGUGAAAUUGGCCACCAAUGGCAAGGCCUCGACCCCUAAAAAAUCACAGGCUAAGACCCAGUCGCGCAUUGUUGACGGAUGGGAGGAAGGACUGGACCCCAAGGUCGACUACAGCGGACACAAGGAGUUUGGUGGCUCAGCCGGUGUCCUGGCCAUGAUGAUCGGUUUCCCUAUGCUCAUGUACUACAUGUGGAUCGGCGCAACCUAUUACGAUGGCAAGUUCCCUACUCGCGCGGAGGGGCAAAGCUUCUCCGAGUUCUUUGCUCACAUGGCCAACCUUGUCUACACCGGCGCAUUCCCGUCUCUCAAGGCAUGGACUAUCUACUGGGUCUUCUUCAUCUUCGAGGGUGCCUGCUACGUCCUGCUCCCCGGUGUCUCCAUGAUGGGACGUCCUUUGCCGCACUCGGGUAACAAGCAGUUGCCUUACUACUGCUCGGCUGUCUGGUCCUUCUAUACCAGCAUUAUCCUAGUUCUUGUUCUACACGCGACUGGCCUCUUCAAGCUGUACACCAUCAUCGAUGAGUUCGGCCCCUUGCUGAGCGUUGCCAUUCUGUCUGGCUUCAUCGUCUCGUUCAUCGCCUAUUUCUCGGCUCUGGCUCGUGGUGCUGAGCACCGUAUGACCGGCGCUCCCAUCUAUGAUUUCUUCAUGGGUGCUGAGCUGAACCCCCGUAUGUUCGGUAUCCUGGACUUCAAGAUGUUCUUCGAGGUCCGCCUGCCCUGGUACAUCCUGCUUUUCCUCUCCAUGGGUGCCGCCGCCCGCCAAUGGGAGAAUUACGGCUAUGUUUCUGGCGAGGUCAUGUUCCUGGUCAUGGCCCACUUCCUCUACGCCAAUGCCUGCUCCAAGGGUGAGGAGUGCAUUGUGUCCACCUGGGAUAUGUACUACGAGAAGUGGGGCUUCAUGCUCAUCUUCUGGAACUUGGCCGGUGUCCCCUUGAGCUACUGCCACUGCACCAUCUACCUGGCCAACCACGAUCCCUCCGAGUACCACUGGAACCGAUUCUUCCUGGCCUUCCUUUUCGUCGCAUACCUGUUCGUCUACUGGGUCUGGGACACCACCAACAGCCAGAAGAACCGUUUCCGCCAACAGGAGCGCGGUACCAUGGUCCACCGCAACACUUUCCCCCAGCUUCCAUGGCAGACUGUUGAGAACCCCAAGACCCUCACCACCGCCGACGGCUCCAAGAUCCUGGUCGAUGGCUGGUACGGCAAGGCCCGCAAGAUCCACUACACCUGCGAUCUCUUCUUUGCCCUGAACUGGGGCCUGAUCACCGGCUUCUCUAGCCCCUUCCCCUGGUUCUACCCUCUUUUCUUCGCCUGCAUGAUCUCCCACCGUGCGCUGCGUGAUAUCCAGCGCUGCCGCAUCAAGUAUGGCGAGACCUGGACCCAGUACGAGCAACAGGUUCCCUACCUGUUCAUUCCUUACGUCUUUUAA